CGUUCAGAGACCCUCAAGAAGCGAAUUUCGUCGCAGAACAUGCUAUGCUUUGGCUAGGUCGCGCCAUAAGCGUACGUUGAAGACUGACACCAAUGGGCUCCAAAUGUGCGUGCGUCAGCGUGCAACGCAUCAUGUCCGAGAGUCUCUGCAGGCGUAUUGAUUGUUACUUCGAGGACAUAUGGCCACGUGCAGUUGCGCUGUGUACUAUGUAGCUGGAGUAGCAGCCGCUGGCCCGUCAUUCCACAUUCGAAGAAAGAGCAAUGAAGAUGGGUACAAUUCUGUAACGAUGACCUUGUCGCCUUUGACUGAGAUUCCAAGCUUUCUAGCCCAUGGAUUCCAAGGAACGAUGUAUGAUGCUUGUUUUGUGGUAUGUGUGGGAAUUUUAGUCGAUCUAACCAGUUUUGUCAUUUUAAGGGAUUCUCCUCCAGAAAUCUGAAACAAGGUGUACAACACCCAUUUAGAUGGCGCUUGUUCCCAACCGAUUCAUACAUUUGCAUGUGUAUGAGCUUUUUUGAAACUUCAUGCCAAUUGAGGUCCAGCCGGAUUUACAUUUCUCCUCCAUCUGUGAAGCUUCUGGUCUUUGUUGUCAAUUUCCCUGGUUGGUCAGAGAUAGCCGGUUUCGAACAUUUCUCCCGCUCAACAUGGUAUCCUCUUAUCUGAUUUAAUAAUAGGUCGCCGGAUCAAAAUUCAAAAACAAAGGGAAAAAAAAACAUACAAAUCAAAAUGCCGUUUCAUGCACUAUUCCGCUCCUUUCAUGCUGUCUUGAGGGUUUUCAUCUUCCUCACACUGGCCAUCGCACACUGGCCGGUUGUGUCUGCAGGCGCCGGUUUCCCCGCUGGUGAAAUAGCCAGUCCCUCGGAUCAAUUCGGCAGACUUGUAGAGGCGAGGCGUCCAGGUGAAAGUCGAUCACCUAGGUAUCGGCUUCGCAUCAACUCUGACCCCUGGAGUAGAAGCGGUACCACUGAUCCAGUUCUUAUGGAGGGUAUCUUUCCAUCCGUCUCUCCCAAGUCCGCCAAAGCAGAAUCAUCAACUGGAAUAUCAUCGAAAAGAAGAAAACUAUUCGAUUACCCAAAACUCCCCAAAUCACCACCACUGACGGAAAACAUUAGCUCUCCGCGUAGGAAAGUCAAGACUGGCCCAGAAGCAUUUCCGAUGGAGGUUGAUGAAGGUUUGGAGAAUCGAAAAGAAGAAGGAACUUACAGAUCUCUAGACCAAGAAGUUCGCGCCGGCGCAGAAGAGCUACAGAAAGGAUUGAGUAAAGCAUUUGGAGAAAGGUCUAAAAUCCGUGCUGAGAUUGAAGGCUCAGGUAUAUUCGAAGUUACUCAGCGCCUUCUGAAUAUGAUAAUGCAUCAUGACCUUGGUGAUAGUGCACUGGAAGACGAAGACGCAGAAAUCUUGCACGAUGCAUUCAACCUCCACAUGCCACCAGACUCAGACCUCUUCGGACGGAACAUAUUUUGGGAUGACCUCGAGGGGGGUAAGAAGCCUGAAUUUCACGAGAACCGAGGUACUAGAGAGAGCUUUGCUUCGAAAUUACAGUCUCACCAGAACAAGAUCAAUCGAAAGUUACUGGGACUGCUUACACAAGCCGGAUCGGAGCCCGAGAGGGAAAAUGGCAGGCGAAUUCUAGAGAUAGCAAAGCAGUACCAUGAAUUCUUGGAUGGGGUCGACAAUCAGUUAACUUUCAAACCCAUCAGUUUCAUUGAACAGUUGACAGGAUCAAAAAGGCGUAUCAACUGAAUAUUGAACGGGAAUAAGCCAACCCCUAAAUUGAAUCAGAUCAAAUAAAGAAAUCUUCAAACAAAUCACACAUGCCGCAUACAAAACAUGCGUUUAAU